AUGCGGCCAUCAGGCUACACGAAGCAGGUGAACGACAGCCCAGAUGAGGAUAUGAUGGGCUCGAACACGAGAGUGUCGCUCGACAGCAAAUUCGCGACGGCCGUUGGUGCGUACCCCUGUUUCCCGUCACCUCUGCCAAUCCCCAGGACGGUUCCACACUGGCUGCUGUCACGGCAGCAGGCAGCUGCGGUUUCACUAGUCCAGCCAUCCUAUCCGGUGUACGGGAUGGCGCAGAGCGGUGCGGGCGCACACCCCGGCUUCGUAGCUGUACCUAAGCAGGAGACGUUGGCGGGAGGAGAGGAUUCGGAGGAAGAUGGAGAGGGCGAGAACGAGCCAGGAACAAAGCCGACCAAGUACACAGGGGUCUAUGUGGAGGCCGAUACAGGCAAGUAUGGGGUGAAGAUCGUCGCAAAGGACAAGGAGGGGAAGAAGAUAACGAAGAGAGUCGGCGCAUACACCACGAUAGAGGAGGCAGCGUAUUGCUACGCGGCAGCUGCCCACGUGGUGAGGCCUGGUAAAGGCACCCGGAAUUCCGUGGCUUUAAUACCGGCAGAUAAGGCAGCUUUGAAGGGGUGCACUCCUGAAAUCCUGAAAGUUAUGGUGGAUGCCCGCAUGUGGUGGCGCUGGAGGGUAUGGAGGGAGACUUACGAAGGUCUGAUGCUGAAGGCAGCGCGAACAAAGAAGAAUGCAACACGUGCAAAGAGGGGGAGACCGCGCAAGGGGAGUGGUGAUCAGGGUGGGGGCACGGUAGGGGAGGGUGAAGGCGAGAAGGCUGGCAGUGCGGACAUUGUCAUCGCUGGCCGCGAAGCAGAAAACAGCAUACCGCGUAAGAUGGCCCGCGGUGCAGAGGCAAAGCCUGUAGAGGACAAGACAGAUGAAACUGUUUGUGUUGCCCGGCAUUUAACUGUCUCCACCGCCUACAUUACCACGUCCGCAGAUAAUACGGGGGGCGAGACAUCGGACGCUUCUCCCGGCAGGGUUGGCAAACAAGCGCUGGUGAGUGACUCGCCCGAUUCGCGUACCAAUAGCGACGGUGCUCCUCGUCAGGCGAACCGGAAUCGAGGCGAGGACGUAGAAGGGGGCAUACAGGCACACAUCGUGAGCAAUAUAAACGCUUCCGAAGAGGAGGAUGACGAGGAUGUGGGUGACGCGAUGCGCACGAUGUUUGAAAGCAAUGCGAGAGCUUCCAACGAUGCUGUGGACACGCAUGGCGAGGAGGUGCGCAUUUCCGCGGGAGUAUUCAGGAGCCUCCUUAAGUCGCAGGACGAGAGCGCGCAGAAGGUGGUGAAGUCCGAUGGGGGGUCCCGUCGGCGCAAGGCGAAGCGGCAGAGGGAUCCCGGGCAGGGAUGCAUGAACCCAAAGCGCCAGCGUCGCGGCCCGGCAGUGGCAGACGUUGAGGAGGAUGACGACGAGGAGGAAGACGACGACUACGAAGACAUGGCACAGAUUCGGACAGCGCGUCGGAAGCACAUGCGCUCUGCGAAGUCGCCUGUUCUGCAGCGCGCACUUGAUCUGCUGCCGGCCGACAAGGCUUGGAAGCGCCUAUGUGAGCUGGUCCGAGUGCAGCUGUUCUUGAAGAAGCCGGCCGCAACCAUGACGUUCUAUCCAAGCUCAGACGACAAGACAUAUGGCGUUUGCGCAGUGAUUGACAGACUGCCUCAUAGCUUCGCGUGCCUUGCGCUUGCGGCGGACAAGUCCCGCCGUGCUGACCUCAACAAGACGCUGAGCGAGUGGAAGACAAGGGCACCUGGACGGGUCCGGGACAUUGCGCUCCCUAAGCUUGGAUUCUUCCGUGAUGAGCGCGACGAGGCAAGCCCGUGGGCAAGGGACAACGCACGGACGCUGGAGCAGAUUCGGGAGCGCAUUAGGCUUGAUCUGGUGCUGAGCAACUGGUCAAACGACCGCGAGGGGAUGCCAUUUGCGUCUGCCGCCUUUGCGGCGUGCGCAAAGGCAGCCUUCAUUCCGAAGAAGCCUGCACUGCCGCUCACUUUGAAGGUGUACCACUUUGCGUGGCUUGAGCACGUGGUGUCCGACAGCAUUAUGUAUUGGGAGCAGAGGAUGGGCCGCCUCUCUAACUCGGCCGGGGAGAACGGCCACGUCGUGAACGGGCUCAAGGUGCUUGUGAAGGGCUCUGUUUCACAGGCCAUCAGUCACUUCAAUCCCGAGUACGACAACGAGAAGGAGGAAUGGAUUUGGGGACGCCAUGGUCUCCGCCUUUCUGCCUGUGGUCUCGAGAACAUGAAGCCUAAUGCUGGCGCUAGGGGCGCAGAAGGCGCCGGGAAUGAUGUGCAGUCGGUCGCGCUGCGCGCGGCGCAGGCGACGAUGGGGAGGGGCGUCAUGGCGGCGAGGGCGGCGGUGUUGGCGCUGGUGGUUGCGCGCUGCUGCAUGCCGCCCCUCGCACGAGUUGUACCCGUGGUGGACCCUGACAUGGGCGUGGUGGCGGAGCUGGCGGCGGCGUGGAACAGGACCGCGGCGUGCAAGACGUGGGUGCGCGGCAGGGACUGCGACACCAUGCCCGGCCUGCGCUGCGACGCGCAGGGCCACGCCGUUGCCAUUGACGUGCAGGGUGUGAGCACCAUUCCCACGUGCAUUGUGCAGCUCCACCACAUGACGUCGCUGAGUAUCACACGCAGCGAUGUGCGCGUUGCAUUUCCACCGGCCAUCCUCGCCAUGCCCAACCUCAAGCACCUGAAUCUGUCAACGUGCCUCAUGUUCGGCCCAUUGUGGCAGUCCUUCGAUCACACCAAUUCAAGUGCCCUGGAAACCAUCAAUCUGGGCGCCAAUGGGUUUGAUGGCGGCAUUCCAGAUAGCCUCUCUCGAAUCACCUGGCUGAGGCACCUCGACCUGAGCUACAACAUGCUGAUGGGGAGCGUGCCCGCCGCACUCAGUGCCCUCAAUGACCUCACCGCUCUGGCAGUGCUGACGUCCCUCCGCAGAGCCAGGCGGCUACCAUGUGUGCUGGCAUGGCCAUGGCACGUGUGCUGGCAUGGCCAUGGCACGUGUGCUGGCAUGGCCAUGGCACGUGUGCUGGCAUGGCCAUGGCACGUGUGCUGGCAUGGCCAUGGCACGUGUGCUGGUAUGGCUAUGGCACGUGUGCUGGCAUGGCCUUGGCACGUGUGCUGGCACGUGUGCUGGCAUGACCAUGGCACGUGUGCUGGCAUGGCCAUGGCACGUGUGCUGGCAUGGCCAUGGCACGUGUGCUGGCAUGGCCAUGGCACGUGUGCUGGCAUGGCCAUGGCACGUGUGCUGGUAUGGCUAUGGCACGUGUGCUGGCAUGGCCUUGGCACGUGUGCUGGCACGUGUGCUGGCAUGACCAUGGCACGUGUGCUGGCAUGGCCAUGGCACGUGUGCUGGCAUGGCCAUGGCACGUGUGCUGGCAUGGCCAUGGCACGUGUGCUGGCAUGGCCAUGGCACGUGUGCUGGUAUGGCUAUGGCACGUGUGCUGGCAUGGCCAUGGCACGUGCGCUGGCAUGA